CGGCCAGUUUGCCAUCGUACGAAAAUGCCGGGAGAGGAAAACUGGUCUGGAAUAUGCAGCCAAAUUCAUCAAGAAGCGUCGGCUGUCGUCCAGCCGUCGGGGCGUGAGCCGGGAGGAGAUUGAGAGGGAGGUGGACAUCCUGCGGGAGAUCCAGCACCCCAACAUCAUCACGCUGCACGACAUCUUCGAGAACAAGACGGACGUGGUGCUGAUCCUGGAGCUGGUCUCGGGUGGCGAGCUUUUUGAUUUCCUGGCCGAGAAGGAGUCUCUGACGGAGGAGGAGGCCACCCAGUUCCUCAAGCAGAUCCUGGACGGGGUGCACUACCUGCACUCCAAGCGCAUUGCCCACUUCGACUUGAAGCCAGAGAACAUCAUGCUGCUGGACAAAAACGUGCCAAAUCCUCGCAUCAAACUCAUAGACUUCGGCAUUGCCCACAAGAUCGAAGCUGGGAAUGAAUUCAAGAAUAUAUUUGGGACCCCGGAGUUUGUAGCCCCGGAAAUUGUGAACUACGAACCCCUGGGGCUGGAGGCCGACAUGUGGAGCAUCGGGGUCAUCACCUAUAUCCUGCUGAGCGGAGCCUCCCCUUUCCUGGGGGAAACGAAGCAGGAGACCUUGACCAACAUAUCCGCUGUCAACUACGACUUCGACGAGGAGUAUUUCAGCAACACCAGCGAGCUGGCCAAGGACUUCAUCCGCCGCCUGCUUGUCAAGGACCCCAAGAAGCGGAUGACCAUCGCUCAGAGCCUGGAACACCCAUGGAUUAAGGUGAUCAAGAGGAGAAAUGUCCGCAAUGAAGACAGCUGCAAGAAGCCCGAGCGCCGCCGGCUGAAGACCACACGUCUGAAGGAGUACACCAUCAAGUCCCACUCCAGCAUGCCGCCAAACAACACGUACAUCAACUUUGAGCGCUUCUCCAAGGUGAUGGAGGAGGUGGCUGCAGCCGAGGAGAGCCUCCGGGAGCUGGAGAGGAACAAGAAGUCCUUCCAGGAGGACAUUGAGGCUCUGCUGUCCAUCUAUGAGGAGAAGGAGUCAUGGUACAAGGAGGAGAACGAGAGCAUCAGCCAGGACCUCCGCCAGAUCCGGCAGGAGCUGCAGAAGACAGAGGCCCUGAAGAAGCAGGCGCAGGAGGAGACCAAAAGCGUGGUACAAGCAGCCAACGGCCUGAAGAGGCGUUACCGAAAGCUGGAGAACCACUACGAGGCAUUGGCCAAGCAGGUGGCUUCAGAGAUGAAGUUUGUCCAGGAGCUGGUGUGGUCCAUUGAGCGGGAGAAGCUGCAGAGCAGUGAGGGCGACGGCAGCAUCCGCUAA